UCGCCUUCUUUGCGCCGUUGUGAGCGCUGUCAGUUUGGCGACAACAAUGAGCACGGCCAGACCAAGAGUGCUGGCCACACGCGAACCACAACUACAACAACAACAAGAGCGAACACUUUGCUUAUCGAUUUUCUUGAUACACAUCAACAACGAGCCUUGGCCAGUUAAAAUAUCCCUACAAAAUAAAAGUAAAUACUUAGCAGGCAGCUGCGAUAGACAGGCAGGCGUUUGAUGCCUGCCUGAGACGAGAACGGCCUCUCGAUGAGCAUGUUGGGAUUUGUGUACUUGGUCCUCAUACUGGGCUGGAUAUUGAUCGUGCUGUUUCUCAAGUGUAAAAAGUCACUGACGGCGCCGUUUCGCUUCAGCGAGAACUACACCGAUGCCAUCGCUGAGACCGGAGAGCGUCGUCCCUCGGUGCAUGUGAUACAACUGCAGAGCGAGGAUAUCGAACAGGAGGAUCACUAUAUGAAUAACUUUCAUCGACAGUCGGAUAACUUGCAGCGUUACUCGCAUCGUUCAACCCUCGAGGAGCGCACCAUCGAACGCACGUAUCCCACAGAUGCCGUCAUUAAUCCCGCCUUCAUGCACGACGAGGACUAUGUCAUCAACGCGCCACCGCCCACGUAUGAGGAGGUAAUGCGACAGCCGCAGGUUUAUCCGCAGGCGCGUCACAAUAACCAUAAGAUUAGCGAUGUGAAUAUCUAAGGAAUUUAUAAUCGUACUAAGUUAGUGUACAUAGUUUCGUUAUCAGCUGUGAUUUUCGAUUUGUAAAUA